AUGUCUAAUCCAAGUGACCAGUUCGAUGCCAACCGAAAUGAUGCGAAAGACAGCUUCGACAAAGCUGUGGACGCGCAGCAGAGGAUCAUCGGCAUUGGUGUGGGGGUUGGAGUAGGAUUGUUCCUUCUCUUCGCCGGCCUGGGUUUUUGGGCAUUCCGACGACACAGCAAGAAACGAACGCGACAGAUAAACCAGCAGGCACAGACACAAUCGGAUCUGCUGCAGCCUAGGAUGCAACAGACGGACCCGCCGCAGUCCUGGAUGAGGCAAGACCAGGAAGUGGACGGAACGGCAUACAGGAGUGAGGUCGAGGCCCAAGACAAGCCACAUCAGUACCAGUCACACCAGUACCAGGAGAUGAACGCAAAUCCAUACGGGAACCAAUUUCAAGGUGGCCCAAUGGUAGAAGCGCAGGGAACGCGGGAUCCCCAGGAGAUGGCGUUGAACCAGAGGCAGUAUCCGCCGCAUGAGAUGCCAGGUAACGGGGCCGUUGGAGGGCGCUGA